CCUUUCCACCCCACCCUCCGGCCGGUUCCUCCGCCACUCCCGCGGGUCGCUGGGUCCCGGAGCCGUCGCCCUUUCCUUUUCCUCCUUUCGCGUGCUCACUCCCCAUCCCAUGCGGGCGGCGGCGGGGAAGGAGUCUCUGGUGGCUGCAGCAGCAGCAGCAGAAGCGGCGGCGGCGGCGGCGGCUGGAGCGCAACCCAGGGCAGCCGGCUUCGGCUCUCCCUUCCCCGAGCAUGUCCCGUUGCUGCUGGCGCCGCUUUUGGUGAAUCCGGCUGGGCGGCGGGGCUCUUGCCAUCGCUGCUGCUGCUGCUCCUGCAGCCGCCGCCGCCGCCACCGGAGAGCUCGCCGUUCCGAGGGGCGCUCAUGAGUACCGAGACGUCGUCCCGCGCGUCUGCGCACCUCCGCGCCCUCUUUAGGAUGGAACCCAGCCCGCCUUUGGGCUCGGAGCAGCUGCUGGGCGCCUCCGAGUUGCUCAAAGACCGACUUUAUUUUGCUACUUUGCGGAACAGACCCAAAAGCACCGUCAACACGCACUAUUUCUGUACGGAUGAGGAGUUUGUUUAUGAAAAUUUUUAUGCAGAUUUUGGACCUCUAAACUUGGCUCUGGUGUAUCGAUUCUGCUGCAAAUUAAACAAAAAAUUAAAGUCUUUCAGUCUAUCAAGAAAGAAAAUUGUAUAUUAUACCAGCUUUGACCAACGGAAAAGAGCAAAUGCAGCGUUUUUAAUAGGUGCAUACGCAGUAGUUUACUUGAAGAAAACACCAGAAGAAGCUUAUCGGAUACUCUUAUCUGGGUCUAAUCCACCCUAUCUUCCGUUUAGGGAUGCUUCGUUUGGGAACUGUACAUAUAAUCUAUCUAUUCUCGACUGUCUACAAGGACUAAAAAAGGCCUUACAACAUGGAUUUGUUGAUUUCAAGACAUUUGAUGCAGAUGAAUAUGAACACUAUGAGAGAGUAGAAAAUGGUGACUUCAAUUGGAUUGUCCCUGGAAAAUUCUUAGCGUUUAGUGGACCACAUCCGAAGACCAAGAUUGAAAAUGGUUAUCCGCUUCAUGCGCCCGAAGCCUAUUUCCCAUAUUUUAGGAAGCACAACAUAACAACUAUCAUAAGACUCAACAAAAAGAUUUAUGAAGCCAAACGCUUCACAGAUGGUGGAUUUGAGCACUACGACCUAUUCUUCAUUGAUGGAAGCACCCCGAGUGAGAGUAUAUUGCAACAGUUUUUGAACAUCUGUGAGGAAGCAGAAGGCGCUAUAGCUGUACACUGUAAAGCUGGUCUAGGAAGGACAGGAACACUGAUUGCUAGUUACAUAAUCAAACACUAUAAAUUCACCCAUUCUGAAGCCAUUGCCUGGAUACGAAUGUGUCGGCCAGGUUCUAUUAUUGGACCUCAACAACAUUUCCUUGAAGAAAAACAGCCAAUAUUGUGGGUCCAAGGAGACAUAUUCCGAACUAAACAGAAAACAAAAGAAGUAGAUGAAGAUAGUUUGAGCAAAGUUUUAUCGGGCUUCGAUGACAUUUCUAUCACUGGAACUUCAACUAGAAUUGAAAAUUUGGAUAAAUAUAUAGAGAAUGAUUUGGAAGAAGAUUCAGAAGCUAAGAAUGACAUGACCCAGGGAGAUCAACUUCGUGCCUUAAAACUUCAGAGGCAGCCACGUUCAGCUACAACAGGAGCUCUUAGGUUAGAAGAUAUGAAAACACAUGUCAGAUCCAUAUCCCAGCCUUUCAGAUUGAAUACAGCAGCUCUCUCUCAAGGGUCCGUAUCUCCUUUGAAAGCCACCAAAGUUAUGGUUUCGGCAUCCCCCACAGCAAAGAGAAUAAAUAGACAUGCUCCAUCCUCCGUUCCAAAUUUUAAAAGCUUUUCCAUAAACUCCAGGUUAGCCAGUUCUCUAGGGAACCUGCAUGCUGCUUCAGAUGAUGCUGAGAGCAAACUGACAUUAUCAUCCUCUAGGACAGGUUAUUCUGUAAGCCAACUCUCCAGUCAUUUGAAUGGCAGUGCACUGUUGCCUGCCGGAAAUUAUCAUGAGCUGAACAACAACCUGUACAACAGGAGAGGCAAUAGCACUACCAACCUCAACAACUAUGUCAAUUCUCCCAACGUCCUGGCAGAGGAGUACAACACCUUCAGAUCUUUUACGGGGCUCGCUGCUUCUUCAGCAAGAUACCUGAGUCGAUCAAUUCCUUCCCUUCAGUCUGAAUAUGUUCAGUACUAAAGCCUUACUGCUUCGGUGAAAGCUGGACAUCUCUUAAAAAUCAUUUUUCUUCAAAGAGGAAGAAUGUUGAAGGAGACACUUCACUGGAGAAAUACUUCUUCACACAUGAUUAGAACCUAAACCCCAAAUCUUUGCAUAAUCAGGGAUUUCAGUAGUGACUACUACAAAUGUGUCGUAAUUGAACUUCUGAAUAUUACAAUUUUGUGUACAGAUCAAGAUUUUAAUAUUGAGAAUACUUGUAAUGAAUUGUAGCAAUAGUUUAUAAGGAUGAUUCUGGGUUCAGUAUUAUAAUGUAUAUGUAUCGAAUAAAAGGUGUCAUGUGUCCACGUGUACACAAAAACAUGUAUAUUGUAUAAAAAUAUAGUAUAUUUUGAUUUAGAAUUCAGGGUGGAUUUUUUUUACCAAAAAUGUGUAUUUUUCAAAUAUUGUUUUAUACUUCAAACAUGAGCCAAGAUCCAGAGAAACACGUCCAUCUGCAGACAUACUGGGGGAACAUGGCUGCUAGUACUACAACCUCGUGAGUUAUGACUCCAGAAACCCCAAGGACUGCUCAAUUAUGUCUGCAGAUUUGGAAACAAAAUUGAACAUCUCUUGAUCUUGGCCAUACCGAUCCUGCUACUUGUUGUCUUUAUUGUAUCUGUCUAUCAUUGUUGUUCGGUUUUUAGAAUUUUACUAGUGGAAAAAUUAUAUUUGUUGUACCAUUUUUAAUUUCAGAUGCUGAUGUUUGAAAUGUUCAUAUUUUAAAGGUCUUAAGGAAGUCUGUGAAAUAGACUUGCCCUAGCAUCUUUAAUUACAAAGAGAAACUAAUUUUAAUUAAGUCUGUAUCUCUUAACAAUUGUGCUCUAUAAUUUGUAUGUCAAAGGGUUUUCUGUGUUUUCCUUUCUGUAUAGCCUUGCCUACAAGUUGUAUAAUAUUAGAACAUGAGUAAAAAGGUUGUCAUAGCAGGGAAGAUCUAAUAUACUGAUUGAAUUUGUAAGACAACAAUGUUAUCUGAUUUUCAUUGGGUUAUUCAAUGAAAUAAGACAGAUGACAUUUCUUUUUAUUAUAAACAGAGACCAAGAGACAGGAAGUCUUUUACUCACAUUUUAAUUACAGAUUGCAAGAACGAAUAUAACUCCUAUUUUCCACUAUUUUUAUACAUUCAAUCAUAACUAUCCAUAUUAUUAUUUGCAAAUGCUGUGUAGCUAGUGGCUAAUAUAAUCUUGAACAUUUAGUUCCCAGUUCAUCUGAAAGCAGAGGAGAGUGGACCAUGAGCUGCAAAUAUUCCCCGGUCCCAUUUUUGUUCCCCAAGAACACCCCCACUUUGAGAGUAAAAUGCCAAUUUUCAACUACUUAAUUUUUCUGGGCGGGGCUGUCAGUUUGAGAAAUAAGGAACAGAAUAUGUCCUUCAAGCUUUUGUAAGGUGUAGCACUUCUGUCUUGUUCCUUAGUUUCCUUCUAAGGACAAACGUGGAUUUUAUUAGUUCUAAUGAUCUUACCAUGUCACUGGCUAAGUGACCUUGAGGUCUAAACAGCAAAAUAUAAUGAAAAUUGAAGUAAAACCUCCUCUGCCUCUAUUCACAAUUAUUUUUGAACCUGCUUUGUGUUGGGUCUGUAGUACUAAUUUAGUGCCAUGCUGGAUGCACUAAUUGGUAACAUUCACAUACCAUUUGUAUUAUGAUCAAAAGAAAGCUCCCCUAUUAAUGGUUACCAAGGAAAGAAUACUUUCUUUUAAUGCAUGUUAUGCAACCAUUUCAGUCUUUCCUUCCUUGCACAAACAAUAAAAACCACAGAUCCUUGUGGUUAGUCAAAAUGCUCUGAUUUAAUCUAAAAAACUAAACUAUCAUUCAUUCCUUUAGAAUAGCUUAGUAUGAUCAAAUAUAGUCUUAAGUUUAUUAUUAUGGUUUGUUCUUAAUCUGGCAAUUUCGGCUUCCAAGUUGGAACAAAAUGCACAAUUCCAGUUAACUGGAAGUUUGCUAAUUUGAUGAAUCAUGUCAAGGGGGGAGAUCGAAGGUUGAUAGAUAAUUUUAUAUCAAUUAGCAAGGCUUGGGUAUUUAAAUAGGCGAGGGAAAUAGUUCCAAUUAUGAUGGCUACAUUUUUGAUGUUUUGUAUUUGUUAUCAGCUGCUUUAAUUACUGAAUGCAAUAUUUUAUCAAAUGUACAUCAAAUGUACUAUAUAUAUGAGUGAGUAAUAGGCAAAAUCUAAGGUAAUUUCUACCUCUAAAAUUUGAGAUGUAUUUUGUUAUUAGACUACUUAUGAGACAGAUGUAUUAUUUUUCCAAUGUAGAAAUAUAAAUGCUAAUGAAUGUCAAAAUUAUGCAUAGGUUUAUUCUUUAUUUGAAACAGAUAUUAUGAAAUACAAUACUAUUGUUAAUACCAGCAAUUUGUUGUCUCAUUAUUGACAUGCUUGAACCAUGGCCCUUCUUGGUCUCUUCUGUAAUUUUUGUAUCUAUACUAGGAAUAACUGAGCAUUUCGAAUAUGUUUCCUUAUAGAGAACAGCAUUACAGUGGAUAAGCAAAGCAUACAAAGUGGUUCUUUCAAUUGGAAGAAAUGUUGAAAGGAAUGCAGAUUAUAGAGGGAAAUCAAUUGUAAUCUAUAUUUCAAUAUAAAAUUUAGUUUCAAAAAAAUUUAAAUGAUUUAAUUGGUAAGCAAUAUUAACUAUGCUUUCUUAUUUCAGUGUGGUCAUAUUCUCUGAAGUGUGCUAUUUGUAUUUUUAUUUAAAGGAUCCAUUUUAUAUUUUCUCAUGAAAUGCAAUUAUUACCACUUUCUUAUAAAACAUUUGGAACUAUUAAUGUUUAUUUUUAUAUCAGAGUAAUAAAAAUUUACUUCUUUCCUGUUCUUCAAA